AUGCCGGCCGCAAUGAACUACCGCGUGAUCGAACCGCACCCCUCCGUUCCUCACACCAGCCGGCCAGCGCUGCAUACAGCCCGCGGCGGUGCAGGCAACGUCAUCAACCUGAAGAACACCAAGACCACCGACUCGCAGACGGCCACCGGACCCGCGUCCCUGACCCGCCUCGACUCGCGUAUCCCCAAGGCCUACACCUCUGGCCGCGGCGGCGCCGGCAACGUGCACGUCAGCAGCGAGCGCGCCAUCUUCAGCUUCGACGAAGAAUUGGAGCGUGAGCUCCGUCGCGCCGCCCCCGUCUACCACGUCGGCCGUGGUGGCGCCGGCAACAUGAUGUUCAGUGAUAGUGCCAGCAACGGCAGCGGCGGCAGCGUUCUGUCCCGCAAGUUCUCCUCCACUAGCACCGCAUCAGGGGGCAGUACCGGUUCGGCUGCCGAGCGAGCUCGUGACAAGGCUCUCCGCGGGUUGGAGAAGGGCUGGGGGAAGAUCAGGGGCAUGGCCUAG